AUGGAUGAAUCUUAUGAUGUUAUUGUUCUUGGAACUGGUUUGACCGAAUGUGUUCUCUCUGGUCUUUUAUCCGUCGACGGAAAGAAAGUCCUCCAUAUCGACCGUCAAGAUUUUUACGGGGGUGAAUCGGCCUCGUUGAACUUAUCACAAUUGUUCAAGAAAUUCAGAGAAGAGGUUCCUGAACACCAAUUGGGCCGCGACCGUGACUGGUGUGUUGACUUGAUUCCAAAGUUCUUGAUGGCCAAUGGUGAAUUGGCCAACAUUUUGGUCCACACCAAGGUCACCCGUUACAUUGAAUUCAAGCAAAUUGCCGCGUCGUACGUUUAUCGUAGCGGGAAAAUCGCCAAGGUCCCAUCCAACGAAUACGAAGCCGUCAGAUCUUCUUUGAUGGGGAUUUUCGAAAAAAGAAGAAUGAAGAGAUUCUUGGAAUUCAUCGCCAACUACAAAGAAGAAGACGUUUCCACCCACAGUGGGUUGGACUUGGAUGCUAAUACCAUGAGUGAAGUUUACUAUAAGUUUGGCUUGGAAUCCGGCACCAAGGAUUUCAUUGGCCACGCCAUGGCUUUGUACUCCAACGACGAGUACUUGGAAAAACCAGCCAGAGAAACUUAUGAUAGAAUCCUUCUUUACGUCCAAUCCGUCGCCAGAUACGGGAAAUCCCCUUACAUUUACCCAUUGUACGGUUUAGGGGAAUUGCCACAAGGGUUUGCUAGAUUGUCGGCCAUUUACGGGGGUACUUAUAUGUUGGACACUCCAGUCGAUGAAAUCUUGUACGAUGAUGCUGGUAAAUUCGCCGGGGUUAAAACUAAGGAAGGUACUGCUAAAGCCCCAAUCGUCAUUGGUGACCCAACUUAUUUCCCAGAAAAAGUCCAAAAGACCGGCCAAAGAGUCAUUAGAGCAAUCUGUAUUUUGAAACAUCCAAUCGCCCAAGCUGCCGACUGUGACUCUUUACAAAUUAUCAUUCCACAAAACCAAGUGGGCCGUAAAAACGAUAUUUACAUUGCCACCGUUUCUUACACCCACAACGUCGCUGCCAAGCCUUACUACUUGGCUAUCGCUUCCACCAUUAUCGAAACCGAUAACCCUCAUGUUGAAUUGAAGCCAGCCUUUGAUUUGAUUGGCGAAGUCGAAGAACAAUUCAUUAGCGUUUCUGAUUUGUACGAACCGAAGGCCGAUGGUAAAGCUGACAAUGUCUUCAUUUCCAAAUCCUACGAUGCUAGUUCCCAUUUCGAAACUACCACCGAUGAUGUCAAGGACAUUUAUGAAAGAGUCACUGGUUAUCCGUUGAUUUUGAAGAAGAGGGAAGUUGAAGACGAAGAAGAAUUGAAUGCCAGUUAA